UGCUACAUAUAAAGAAUGGUUUGUGUCUCCACCGCAUCCCAGCAAAAUCACGAUGGUUUACCGAGUUGUAGUGAGUUGUCUACUGCUGCUAGCAGUAACCGACACCGAAGUUACCGGUGCCUACCUCGAUGCACCUUCCAGCACAUACUGUACCAUACCACCAAACGUGAUACACGGAAAGCAGCCCGCACCAACGGAUUUGAUAGUCACCUGCAACCGUCGACGGCAGGAGUAUGACGAAAGCGUCAAGCAAGCGGUACAAGCUAUUCGGGACCACAUUAUGAAGCAAAUGCAAGCGACGGAUCCGAUACAGAUCGAGGUGAACAAGUUCACUGCCGACUUGCCGACCAUGUUGGCAAACGCUAGGAAGAGUGAGGCAAGACGUGAGCUGGACGAGCUGCGUACCCGUGUGCUGGUAGCGGCAAUCGAGGCAGGCCGUGUACCGGAUGCUCUUGCGCAAUAUUUCAUCCUCGGUGCGUGGGCGCAAUGGGAAGAGAUAGUCGAUCGGAUCUAUAAAAAUCCAAACCCCAACCCGCGACACAUCGAGAAUCUGCUCGGCUUCAUACGUGCGGUACCGGGAAAGGGGGAUCGUCUCGACUUCUACCACCAGCUGAAGAAGCACAUGGUUGAGAAGAAGGAAUACGAAUCGUACCUUGGUGCGAUGUUUGCUCAGGAUGCUCGCCAUGUUGUGUUCGAUACCGACGGCAAGACACCGUUAAACGAUAGUGAUGUGGCAGCUCUACACACAACGAUGAUCGACGGUGCGGCAAGAUACUUUCGCCGAGUACUGCUAACCGGAGAGGAACGAUACGAUCUCAUCCUGCUCGAUCGUAACUAUCCGGAGCUGUUUGAUCUGGUGUUUGAACCAAUGUUUAACAUAUCGGCAAAGGAAAUGAAACUGUUUGAUUCUUGGCAGCUGAUGAAAACACUCUGCCGCGUGUAUCGCCCAAUGGCCAAGGCUCGUAUGUUUAAGCGAACGGCCCAGCUGCUGGUGGACAGCUUUAAGUGGGAGAAACAGAACGAAUUCUACGCACCGAUGCUGGCAGGCUACUUAGAGGCGUGUCUGCCGCAGAUCAACACCGAUCCGGCUACUAAAGACACGAUUGCAGAGGUGCAAAACGUGUUCAGCAAGUUUAAGCCGAAGAUGAAUUAUCAGAGCAUUUUGAAAAUUAUUGAUAAAGCUAUCCAUACCUACGCGGCGUAG